GUGAGACCUGCCAGGCCAGGACCUCGUACCUCCCCAAGGAGAUCCUGUGGGGCCACAGGUUUGAGAGGAUCGAGGAGUACGACAUUGGGCAUAGUCGCUGGCACAUCGACUUCGCUGGUUUUGAUGACGUAGUAUACUGCCAGAACAUACGUCACAGCGCCAAGGAACUGGACAGGUUCCGUGAACUCAGGAACGAGAACGCCACCCUGGGGCAGGAGAUGACAGAGGGCGCCCCCUCCCUGGCUUCCCUGCGCUAUGACCUCACGCCUACGUCAUCGCCGUACGACCAGCCAUCGCCGUCCCUGUCUAGAAAAGAACAAGAGUGUUAG